CGGCAUCGUUGAAAGCGCGUGAUGCGCUCGACUUGUUUACGAUUUCUUGGCAGUGUUACUGUAACCACGAAGAGAUUCGGUCACACAUAACCACUUGUAUUUCCUGAACGCUUGGCCGAGUAACAAUAACUUUUAUCUUGAGUGAUAUAGAAUCUGAUCGAAGUAGUAUACUAGUGUUCAGCAGUAGUUUGUCAGAUCUUUGUGAACCAUCUAGACCAGGAUUCAGUUCAGAUCCCGAUAUAGCAGAUGGGGGACAGAAAUCCAUCAUUGCGAUUGCCGGAAAGGUCAAUGAUAGUGUGGAUUUAUUGUCCAGCUUCAUGAGAAGGAGGAGAUCCACAGUGAAACAGACCAAAUUUGUAGUAGAUCUCACUGAUCAGGUCCAACCGAACGAGUGUUUUCCUCCAAUUUUGAGUUUCCUGGUCAACGGAAGAGCUGUAUAUUCUAAUAGCACAGUUCGUGGCACUAUAGGACAGAAUAACAUCUCAGUGCAAUUGACUGUGGCCGAUACGUAUUUUCCAACGACAACUGCCGCGCCCAUUAAUUUUGGUAAUCGUUUCUAUUUGAGCGAACAGCAGCUUUCUUAUUAUGGGGCUCAGCAAGAUUGCCAUAAAAGAAACAUGGAACUCGUUAGUAUAGCUGAUGAAACCAAGAGGGCAGAAGUGUUUGGAGCAAUGUCUGGAAAAGGUAGAAACUAUCUCACAUCUGCCCAGAAGAAGUUCUCUACAUGGUACUGGGCAGGAGACAUACCCAUUACCCAUUUUUACGAACACAAUAACGUUCGUUCUGCGACCAGCCAGGAUUGCAUCGAAGUCUGCCAAUAUUGUGGCGGAAUGAUCGACAAAAGUUGUCAUGCAGCAGGUUUUUACAUGUGCGAACAAAUAUCACCCAAACCUGUGGAUGCACGCCCACCUACGAUCAAUAUAUACGUCGAUUCUAUAUUAGUUUUCCAUGAAACUGGAUCAGAUUCAAUUCUGGAUUUCUUCAUUUUCAUUGAUGCUGUGAAUAGUGUUGGAACGAAUUCUGCUUAUACAUUGAUAAAUACAACAGAUGGAAACCAACAGAAACUCAUCAGUUCAACCUCGAAUGGACAAUCUGAAGAUUCCAAUGGAGUCUCAAUAACAGUCACCAUUUCCAAUGAAGCAUUAUGUCCGGAGCCGACUACCACUACUAUCGCUACUACCACAACGAUUGCUACGACUGAUGUUACUACUACAGAUAUUCCUGAACCAGAACCUAAAACCUAUUUCUUCAGUCCAGGCAAGGGAACGUAUGAGAGUGCCAUAGAAUUCUGCAAGAACCAAUCGAUGCAGUUGGUCCGUAUCCAGAGCAACGAGAAAAAUGUGGAACUCCAGAAAUACAUUAUGGAAAAAGAUAGAAACAAUUACUAUUGGACGUCAGGAUAUAGAUCUCAAGAUACUAAGGAGUGGUAUUGGGCCAACGAUACCAAGGUUUCUUUCUUCAAAUGGGUGCCAGGUGAGCCAAACAACAAAGGGGGUAAUGAAAACUGCAUUGAACUCCUCCGGUCCAACUAUGAAGCGAAAUGGAAUGAUCAAGAAUGUGAGGAUCAGAAUCACAUAAUUUGCGAAAGUAUGGAUUGA